AAGAGACCGGCAGCGCCGCCAUCUUAGCGUGGGUCGAAUUCCUGCUGCAGAAAGAAGCGAUUAAAGUUCGGAGGAGCGCGCUGUCGGCAGGUGCAGUGGACACUAAUCGUGCAAUCAGACAGCAGACUUCCGAAGGAUCAAGUUCUCAAGGAUUAGUGUGAAAGAGGAAACAUGUCGCAGAGGUCUAAGAAGGCGUCAACGCCGGCAAAGAGCUCGAUGCCGGAGACUCCGUCCAGCAGCGGCCGUUCGGCCACCAGCCCUCUCAGUCCAACCCGCUACAACCGGCUGCAGGAGAAGGUUGAGCUGCAGAACUUGAAUGACCGUCUGGCCGUGUACAUUGACCGCGUCCGACAACUAGAGACGGAGAACUCGCGGCUCACCCGCGAAAUUCAAUCGUUCCAAGAAGUGUCCACGCGAGAGGUGACCGGCGUCAAGAACACCUAUGAGAGGGAAAUCAACGAGGCGCGUAGACAGCUGGACGAGACUUCCAAAGAGAAGUCUAGGCUGGAGAUUGACUUCAAACGCAUCUACGAGGAACUCAUUGAACUCAAGGAAAAGCAUGAAAAGAAGUCCAAGGAAUUUGAUGCUGUUGAAAAGCAGGCGGCCAUUUAUGAGAAGAACUACAACGAGCUCACCGGCAAGUUCAAUCAGGCUCAGUCCGAGCGCAAGAAGGCCCAGGAUGAUGCCAAAGAGCUGGCCAAAGAGAACGAGAAGCUUAAGAAGCUGUACGAAGCUCAGAGGAAGAAUUUGGACGACGAGAUGCUUGGAAGGGUUGAGGCAGAAAACCUAUUGCAGUCAACCAAAGAAUCUUUGGCGCUCAGUGAGCAGAUUCACCAGCAAGAGGUCAAGGAACUGAGAACUCGUCGUCAAGUCGAAAUAACAGAAACAAGGUCCAGAAUAGAAGAAGAGUACAACGCCCAACUUCAGCACUCAUUGCAGGAGCUCAGAGAACAGUACGAGGCUCAGAUGAGAGCAAACAGAGAAGAUGUGGAUGCUCUUUAUGAAAAGAAGAUUGCUGACUUAAAGAACCAAAUGCAAAAGACCAGCGGAGCUUCUGCUCAAGCCAUGGAGGAGGCGCGCACAUACAAAAUGCAGCUGGACACUGUUGCUGGAAAGAUCUCCAGCCUUGAAGCCAACAAUGCUGCUUACCAAGCUCGCAUUUCUGAACUGGAGCAUCUGCUGAAUGCUGAGAGAGAGCGGGGUGCUAACGAGAAACAAGCCCUUGAGGAUGAAAUCAGGCGUUUGCGGGACGAAGCAAGCAACAUGCUUUCUGAAUACCAGGACCUGAUGGACAUCAAGGUGGCUCUGGAUCUUGAAAUUGCUGCUUACCAAAAACUGAUAGAAUCUGAGGAAGCAAGAUUGAACAUUACACCAAUGGCAUCUCCAAACCUGAGCCGGCAGCAGGCCCGUUUUACUCCCAGCCGUGGCACACCUGUUCGUGGAGGAAAACGAAAGAGAACUAUGAUGGAGUCCGAGGAGCUGGACGAGUAUGACACCAAAGCCUCGGCCACUGGGGACGUCGAGUUCAUUGACGUUUGCCCUCAGGGCAGAUAUGUGAAGCUGAGAAACAAAGGAAACAAAGAAGUUUCUCUGAGUGGAUGCAGCCUGAGUAGGACAGCAGGAGAACAUGACACAGUCUUCAAGUUCCACAGGUCGGUGAAGAUGGAGCCUGGUGCAGUUGUCACCAUUUGGUCUUCCGACCAGGGUCAGGCGCACGAGCCACCAGCCAACAUUGUCAUGAAAGGUCAGACGUUUUUCCAUGGACCUGAGAUGGCAACAGUUCUGUUUGGCAACGAUGGAAUUGAAAUGGCCAGGUUGGAGCAGGUCAGAGUGAGGAGUUCAACUGCGUCAACGCGCCAUGGAGAAUUCCCCGAAAAUGGGCAUGGCAGAGAAGAUCGCUGCAGCAUCAUGUAAAUGAGAACAACUCUCCCAGUAUUCCCAUAAGUGUCAUCAUAUUUAUUACGAACAACCAACAUUCACAAAUGAUACUGCAGAGAGAACUUUGAAUCAUAUUAAAAAUCGAUCUACUGCCACAUUUUAAACUUCUACAAGUGACACUGGGCUACUCAGAACACAUCAAGUGUUUUUGACUACACACCUGAGAAUAGAAUUCAUCCUGUUGGGUGCUCCGUAGAAGUAUUAUCUUUAUUCACAGUGCGCCACUGCACUUUUUACUACUUCAAUUUUAGCUGUAGCAUCACAAAUGCUUGUGGCGAGUAAAUGAGAAGAUGUUUUUUAUAUUGAUUUUGAGAGUAUGAGUGCUGACAGCCAUUGAUUUCAUAUGCAGUCUACUUGUCAGCUUCUGCAAGAGAUACUUGAAGUUGAUCUAUAAUUUUGACUUGGUGGUAAAAAAAAAAGUUAAUUACUGCAACAUAACUUUCAGAAAAUUUGUCAAAUUGAGAAGCCUUUGUACUCUUUGUAGCAAGCAAAUUAAAUUUGUAUUAUAACGUUGGCAGAGAAGCUUUAAAAACAGGGAAGCUGGAGAGCUCAGAAAAGGGAUGUUGGACAAAGUUUUAAUCAAAGUGAAUCAAAGUGUUACUGAAAUUAAUGACUGUUGCCUGCCCACAAAAGGGCGCUGAAAGUACUAAGUUUCAUCAUUAAA